GCGUCGCGCCGCAUGCAUAACGCAUGAGCUUGGCCGGAGCGUCCGUCUCUGUCUGGCGCGUGUUUUCACAAGUGCGCGCGGCGCGGGCCGUGUAAGAGCGGGGUAACUCCCGCCGCAGCCACAGCCACUGCGAUAUUAUAUAUGUAUGCGGCGAGACGCGCGGAGGCAGUAAAUGGCCACGACGACGUACAUGCCCGCUAGUACGGGCAUCUCCCCGGAGCUGGACGCGAGCGCAGGCAUGAACAUCGUGAACGCGGCCGUCGGCGGCUACCACAGCUCGUCGCCGCGCUCGGACGCGGCGGCCGGCGAGAUGAAGUACUUGCCACCCACGCAGCAUCACCACCACCAUCACCACCAUCACCAAGUUCCUUCGUCGCCGUCGCCCAACGGCCACGCGGUGCCCGUGUCGCUGGCUGCCGCGGCGCACAACCCCUGGGUGAGCCUGCAGCCGGGCUCGGGCGGCGACCCGUGGGCAGCCUCCAUGGCGCAGAUGCACUCGCACCACGCGCACCACGCGCACCCCGCGCACCACGCGCACCACGCGCACCAGGGCGUCGACAUCAAGCCGCCCGCCGACGUGGCCAUGCACCACCACGCGCGCGCGCCGCCGCACCAGCAGCCCGCCAUGGCGUCGCCGCACCCCUGGCACGCGCCGGUCGUCUCCUCGGCGCACUACAUCCCGGCCGGCGGCGGCGGCGGCGGCGGCGGCGGCGGGCCGCACGGCUACCACGCCGCCAUGAACGGCAUGCUGGCGCACCACGGCGGCGGCCAGCUGCACCCCUCGCUGCGCGACCUGCACAACCACUCGCCGCUGCACGCGCCGCACGCGCCGCACGCGCCGCACGCGCCCCACGAGCCGCGCGGCGACCCCUCCGCCCCCGACGAGGACACGCCCACCUCGGACGACCUGGAGGCGUUCGCCAAGCAGUUCAAGCAGCGCCGCAUCAAGCUGGGCUUCACGCAGGCCGACGUGGGGCUGGCGCUGGGCACGCUGUACGGCAACGUGUUCUCGCAGACCACCAUCUGCAGGUUCGAGGCGCUGCAGCUGUCCUUCAAGAACAUGUGCAAGCUGAAGCCGCUGCUGCAGAAGUGGCUGGAGGAGGCCGACUCGACGACGGGCUCGCCCACGUCCAUCGACAAGAUCGCGGCGCAGGGCCGCAAGCGGAAAAAGCGGACGAGCAUCGAGGUGUCGGUGAAGGGCGCGCUGGAGCAGCACUUCCACAAGCAGCCCAAGCCGUCGGCGCAGGAGAUCACCGCUCUGGCCGACAGCCUGCAGCUGGAGAAGGAGGUGGUCCGCGUGUGGUUCUGCAACCGGCGGCAGAAGGAGAAGCGCAUGACGCCGCCCAACACGCUGGCGGGGCCCGACGGCAUGAUGGAGGGUGCGCCCCAGGGCCUGGGUGGGCCGCAGCACGGCCUGCACCAGGGCUACCACCACCAGGACAUGCACGGCUCGCCCAUGGGCCAGCACUCGCACUCGCACAGCCCGCCCAUGCUGUCGCCCCAGGCCAUGCCGAGCCACCAGUCGCUGACGGCGCACUAGCACACGUCUGGCGUGGGCGCGCUCUCCCCCUGCGGCCUGCUGCACUCCAGGACGCCCGCGCACCUGUACCUCUGAGUUCCUGUCGGGCGCGGACCACGGACCUGUACAUACGCCCUCUCACUUGUACAUUCCCUCGGACGCUCGCGACACAAGCGCUACUCUUCUGCUCGUCGGGACGAAACUGUACGGCAGUCACUGUGUAAUUAUGUAUCAGUAAAGGUCAGAGCUCAUUCCACCUGUAAAACCUACAUUUUUUAACACUUGAGGAAUCCGAGCAAAACAAAAAAGAAAGAAUUUUUGAGUGACAUUAAAUGUUUCGAGUUCACAUUUCGUUUUGUAUUUACCUUCGAUGCAAGUUUUUACAGGUAUUGAGGAAAGCAAAGGUAUUAGCGGAGAGUAACAAACUGUAAAUAACUUAUUGAUAAUUAAUUACAUCCUGUAAUUAUACGUGUGACAGAAGUAACUAUUGUUUCCGGGAACUAAAUGUAAAGUGGUACGUUUCAUUAAAUAAAAAUAGUUUUUCAAUGCGAACAAAAAUGACCCUGGACGCAUUGAACUAUACUCAAAAAUCAAAUUUUUGCUGGUAUUCUUUUAAAACUUAACUUUUUUUUUUGUUUCUUUGAAUGUUUCAGUCGGAUCGGUACACGUUUGAUGACAUUUCGAAGAAAAGUGCCAGGUUUUUAACAUUUUGUUUUUAAAUUCAGUGAAUUUAUUCAGGAGUUUAUUCGUAGGGGAUCGGGAGGGGAUCUUGACCGCGUUACUAUCGAACUUCGUUAGAUUGUUUAUUUUUUUUUUCUUUAAUCGAUUCGGACGUCAGCCAGCGAGUGCGAUAGUGCGUCCAGCGCCGAUACCGUCUGCAGCCAGGAGUCUCCAGCGAGCCGGCGGCCGACCCCGCGGGCUGCAGGUCUCCGCUUCGACCCCGGCCCGCGGUGCUGCCUGGAGACACGGCGCAAACUUCGCGACGUAGUCAAGGUGUUCAUGCGGUCGUUCCAAAAUAUAUUGUCUCUUGACUUAACCCAUCCAGGUAAGUUCUUUGGUAUGUAUGCAUUUUUGUUAACGGUAAUAUGUGUGUACAGUUAUAAUCUCGCUAAAUCGUGAUUAUGUUGUCUCAAAGUUAGUGUUCUAUCAGAGUUAUUAGAUGAACUAAAAUGACGUUGAAAUUAUUUAUUGAUAAUUUAUUUUGUUCCCUUUGAAAUAUGGGUGGCCAAAUAUUUCGGCAUAUAACAAAACACUGCUUCAAACAUUGGUAGAUUUGAAUAAAACAUUGCUCCUUCGUGUGUCUUUGUUUGUUGAUUACUCGUGUAAAUUAAUUAAAUGCGGAUUACAUUGAACAAAAUUAAAUAUUUAACAGUGCCUAUUCCACGUUUUGAAGAGUUUUGCUGUUGGUAUUAAUAUUGGUACGAAGUAAUAACUUCCUGUUGUUUUCCGCUCGAUACAUGAGUGCAUAGUGAACUCUGAAAUAUAACAUGAGCAUGUAUGAUUUAAAUGAUUCAUGCAUUGGGUAAUUUUGAUUUAAUGCAAUUUUUUGGACAUACGCUAUUGCAGUUUUGCACUUUUUGCCAUGGAAAAAUUUCUAAAAUCCAAAAAUAAGUACGAAUAUGAAGAUAAAAAAAAUCACAGAAAACAAGACUGAAUUAGGGAAACAUAUUUAUAGUAAAGAAGGGUUGAAUCCUGUAUUUUUACAGAUAGCAUUUCAGUAAAACCUAAAGUGGGUUAAACUAACCGUAUUAUUUCACUACAUAAACGAAGACAAAAUACAAGUUAAGUCAAGCUUCUUGGGAGAUUUUAUAAUUAUAUUUAAUGUAAAACUAUUGAAUUUUUCUUUAGUGCGAUAAGUAAAAUAUUUUACAUUUCAAUUCAUAAAUAAUUACCUGUGGUUUCCUUAAUUCAAUAAAUGGUUCGCCCAAAAAAACUUUCUUUAAUUUAAAAUGAAAUGCCGAGUGUGAAGGUUUAGUCUGAAUUUGAUUAACAAACUUCAGUUUCAGGUUCAUCAUGACAAAAAAAGUUAAAAACCUCUAUACGACUUAAGAUCUAAAGAUCACCCCAAGGCUUGUAAAUGUCUUAGAAGUUGAGGCUGAGCUACAUCCGUAUUGCAAACAAUAGAAAAAGAGAAAGUAUUUAAGAGAGAACACUGAGCGUCUAUUUAAGUUUUAUUAAAUGAAGUUCUACACACACCGCAAAUUUCGUCGUUGUAGCAUGAUUAUUUCAUUGAAAUAUUUGGGGGUGGUAACACGCUACAAAAAUGUGGGGUAAAUAACAGUGAUACCCCCCAAAAAUGUCAAUGAAAUAAUUUACCUAGAACAAUAAAAUUCGCGGUGGUUGUAGAACCAAUUUAAUUAAAUCUUUAUCCGGGUGAUUAGUGUCCUAUUUUAAAUACUUUUAUCUCUUAUUUGAAAUUAAAAUUAUGUUUAUCUCCAAAUUCAGAUACGUAUACCAGCCUUUAUAAGGCAUUUAGAGCUUAAGUCGUGUAAUCUUUUCAACGUAUUUUGUCGGUAUGAAUCUGCUGCGGAAAUAUGUCACCCGAUUUCAGACACACUCUCUAUGUAUACACGCACAUACAGCCACACACACGAUAAAUUAAUAUGUUCACUAAUUGGAAAUGUUACAUUGCUAUCGUUUUAAAGAACUUUUAAAAUAAAA